AUGAAAGUCGGCUGGAUCCGGGGCUGGGACAGUCUCAGCCCCCGCUCUCCCCUCCCCAUCCUCAUCACCCUUUUGCCUCUACAACCUGCCAAGAAGAAGGUGCCAUCUGCAUGCCCCAGCCAGGGAGCUCCAUUCGGGACAGGGCUCGGAUGGAGCUAGGGAGAGCUGAGGGCACCGCUCAGCCUGGCAGGGUCCCCCUGAGUGCCAGCACCUGCCACCAACCCAUCACUGACGCCUGGGGUACCCUUUCCCUUGCCCAUACCCCCCCCCCCCAAGCUGCCCCCGCGGCCAGCUCCCACGUGGGCAGGAUGCAGAUCCACCAGCUCCAGAGCUGCCCGACCACACACAAAACAGCAGAAGUGAUUAGGGACAGGCAGGCAGGGGCUCGGCACAAGCCCUUGGGGCCAUGGGACCUGUCCCCGAUGCCCAUCCCCAUGCACACCCGCUGUCCCCAGGGCUCCCUGCCAGCCCGCUGGGUCUGCAGGCUUCCAGGCAGGCAAACCAGCCCCGGGCCCUUCACCAGAUUGCCAAACAGCCCUGCAGGUCAGUGCCCCCAGACACGUGGGGACGAAGAUCACAGGCGAACGUCACCAUUGCGUAGCCACGCUCACCCCAGCACAGACCCUGAGCAGCCGUAUGGCCGUGGCAGGGUGGGUCUGUUGUUCCCCCUCACCACGGAGGUGCCAGCAGCCGGGCUCAGCAGUGCCAUGGGGCAGCUGUGGCUCUGCCUCCUCACCCUCACAGCACUUUUUGACCUUGCUGCCCCGAAAGAAAAAGUGACCGCCCAGAUCCAGGCUCACCCGCCAGCACCGACCCUGUACCACCAGCUGAUGCUCUCCUGCAAGGUCACAGGGGACGCCAGCCCCCAGGAGUUCCUGUGGGAGAAGGAAGGAAGCCACGACCCCCUGCAGAAAGGCCCCGACAGCAUCCUUCUCUUCCCCUCCUUCAACAAGACCCACUUGGGCACCUACGUCUGCACAGCCACUGGCUCACUGGGCACUGCCGUGGCCACCUACAACCUGUGGAUAGAUGAUGCCUUCACCGUGGCAGGAGAAACCACCUCUUUCUCACCUCUCCCAGACCUGCUGUACAACGUGUUCGUGUUUCCCCAAGAGACCAAAGACUCCCACGUGCUGGUGAGGGCGAAGCCAGAGCAGCCGCUGCAGAACUUCACCGUGUGCCUGUGGUCCUACACUGAUCUGACCCGGCCCUACAGCCUCUUCUCCUACGCCACCAAGGCGCAGGACAAUGAGAUCCUCCUCCUCAAGCCCAAGCCUGGUGAGUACCGGCUCUACGUGGGGGGCAAGUUUGUGUCCUUCAGCGUCCCCAAGAGCAUCGCGAUGAGCGAGCACGUCUGCGCCAGCUGGGAGUCCACCACCGGCAUCGUGGGCUUUUGGUUCAACGGGAAGCCCUGGCCCCGCAAGGGGCUGCAGAAGGGCUACACGGUGGGGGUGGAGGCGUCCAUCGUGCUGGGGCAGGAGCAGGACGCCUUCGGGGGUGGCUUUGACGCCCAGCAGUCCUUUGUGGGGGAAAUGUCAGUCGUGUACAUGUGGGACGCGGGCAUCUCCACCUCGGGGGUGAUGGAGGCCAUGAACAACAGACCUGACAAAGCCCCCAUCUUCGGCUGGAGAAACUUCCCCUACCAGAUCGUGGGCGAAGUCUACCUGAAGCCCUGACGCCUGGCGCUGGGCGUGGGGCUGGUGCACUCCUGCGCUCUCGCUCAGGGUGGCUGGCAAGCGCUGGGGGAGCCGUAAUUGCUGUGCGGGCUGUGUCCCGGCUCCCUUCCCUGCUGUGUAACCCCCCGCAAAGCCACCUGGCAUCACAUAAACGAAGAAAUGGUUUUGAAAAGCA